AUGCUACAAUUGAGGGAUCCUUGUCUUGCUUUAAUCUCCUUGAAUCUAUUUUAUUGGUUAUCAUUGAGAUUUUGGUGCGACCUAAUCCAAGAUGACAUGGAUGCUAAUUAUAUUGAUUUACAGAAACAAGCACGAAAGCAUCUUUCUCCUCCAGCGACAUUACUUGUGACUCAAAUUCAAAUACUGCUUGUCGACAACCCAUGUGAAAAACAAAAAGAAUUACAUAGACGAUAUCAAACAAAGAGAAGAUACUCUGAAAAACACAAAAAAUUGCUAGAAUUAAAUGAGAUGAUGAGCUGCAGAAGAAUUGCGUCUUGGAAAAUUAUGGAUGGUGAUGAAAAAAUUGCAUGGUUGACAUUAUUGUGUCAAAGGAUGCUGGCACCAUUACAAAAUGUUUUCGCACUUACGGUUCUUAAAACUCAAGGAUUAACACUACCAAUAGUCUCUAUGCUUAAGCAGGCGUUUUAUGUGAAAAUUAAGAUUGUGUAUUAA